AUGACCAGGUGCCAAGUGUGGGACCUGAGGAUGUGGGCCUUGAUGGGAGCAGUCUGUCUGUGCCACUGUGUCUUUGGACAGCUGUUAGAGGCCAAAGUGAAAGGAGCGCCACGUUUGAUCUGCAGUGUCCCGGGGUUGCCAGGAUUGCCCGGCAAGCCUGGUCCAAACGGGCCCCCGGGGGCUGAUGGGAAUGUGGGUAUCCCUGGGAGAGAUGGCAGAGAUGGCAGGAAGGGUGAAAAGGGAGAAAAGGGGGACACAGGUUUAAAGGGGAGGGUUGGCCCAACAGGUAAAAUUGGUGAGCGAGGUGACCGUGGCCCAGGAGGGAAACGAGGACCCCCGGGAGAGGGUGGGGUUGUGGGUUCACCUGGUCCCCCCGGGCGCCAAGGAAACAAAGGUGACAAAGGAGAGCGGGGACCACGUGGAACCGCAGGAAUCUGCAAAUGUGGCAGCCUGGUGCCUAAAUCGGCCUUCUCUGUGGGAAUCACCAGCAGCUAUCCUACAGAGAACACCCCCAUCAGGUUCAAUAAAAUCCUAUUUAACGAGGGCGGACACUACAAUCCACAGACAGGCAAGUUCAUCUGUGCAUACCCGGGCAUUUAUUAUUUCUCCUAUGACAUUACACUGGCCAACAAGCACCUGGCCAUCGGAUUGGUGCAGAAUGGACAAUACCGCAUCAAAACCUUUGAUGCCAACACAGGGAACCAUGACGUGGCAUCUGGGUCCACUGUGAUGUUCCUGAACCCCGAGGAUGAGGUGUGGCUGGAGAUCUUCUUCAAAGACCAGAACGGUUUAUUUGCUGACCCGAGCUGGGCCGACAGCCUGUUCUCCGGCUUCCUUCUCUAUGCUGACACAAACUAUCUCGACUCACUUGCGGAGGACUACGCGUAG